AUGUGGCCGCAGGAAGAGCCUCCGGCGGGCCUCCGGCGGACGCCUGGCGGCGUGGCGCUGCGCGCCGGCCUGCGGCCCAGGACCUAUUUGACCGCUCGCUACCUAUCUGACCGCUCCGAAUCCCUUGCGUGGGUUGCCAACUCGAGUUCGAAUGACAUUAUGACAUGCUGGUUCAUGCUGAACUCAUUCGCCUUCGACUCAUUCGUCUUCGCUACCUACCCAACGCUCGAGCACGACGACCACGACCCCGGCCCCCUCGCAGAGCGCAUCAGGCGCGACAAGCGCGAGCGGUCCGACCGCUCCUCCGACGACUCCUCCUCCGACCGCGACUCAUGCGGCACCGGCUCCACUAGCGAGGCGAAUGACAUAUUCGACACCCUCGAAGACCAUCUCGGCUACGGUUCCGACUCCGGCUCCGGCUGGUAG